AUGAAUAAUCGAAGAGUGUUUUAUGACGAGUCCAUUUGGGAACGGUUUGAGAACAGAGUAAAAACCUGGACCUAUGGACUCACACAUGAAUUGCUGCAGAAUUAGGUUUGCAGUCCAUUCUUGUUCAAGUUCCUAAUAUUGAUCGAGCUCAUCCAACUUGUAUUUUUUGAAUUAACAAAUUAUCUAGCUGUACUAUUCGAUUCAUCCGAACCUAGAAUUUUUAUUCAAGACGGUGUGGUUGGAGUACUUCCGUAAUGCAUUGCAAUACUUUUAAGUUAAUUAUAUCAUAUUCAACGGUGGAGUGAACGUGCUGUUAAUAGUAAUGUACAUUGUAAGUGCGAUUUGUCUAUUAUCUCUAGGCCUUUGGCAUUCAGAUUCUCAUGUUAUUCUUACUAAUCAUAAUCACAUUCAAACUCACAUCGAACAAGCGAAAGCCAAGCACCUUCCUCACCUACUGUCUAAAAAUAUUUUCAUUGUAUGGCUUACUCCUGAAUACCAUUUUGACAAUCCCCAUAUUCAAUUCCUUCAUCGCCACCAUUUAUUGCAAUUCAGAUGCUCCCUUUUCAGAUGGCUUAGAAUGCUAUGCUGGCCUGCACUUCCUGCACAUUUCCUUGGCUGUAACAUAAUAAAUCAUUCUAGAUAAUAGGUUUGAUCUUAUUCCUAAUCAACGUACUCUACUUUGGACUGCUUUACACCGAACUCAACCCAAGUUCCCCCAUUCCAUUCUCGUCUCCCCAAUCCAAAACUCCAUUGGUCAGACAACUCAUUAAAAUCGUGCUACCACUCUACGUGACUCUCGAUUUCAAUGGCGAAAUAUCUAAAGUGUACAUCUCUCUAUUGGCAGCAUUCUAUUUACUAUUGUUGGUCUAAAGAUACCGAUCUCCCCCCUACUACAACAAGAGCGUCUAUGCCUUCAUAGUCGUACAGGAGGUCUUACUGUUUUGGGCUAGCUUGGUUGGAGUCAUUACCGCAUUUCUUGAUCUCGGAUCAGUCGACGAUAUUGGGUUGUUUUAUAUGAUUUUGGGAAUGCCCUUGAUUUCCUUAGUUUACUUCCAGUUGUUGACUUUCCGACAAUAACAGCUCCUGAGAACCCCAAUUAAAUCAUUCAAAAAGGAAACCGACAUUGAGAUCUACAUAAAUCAUCUGAUGGACUUAAUUGAAAAUCGUGAAAUUCUUCAAUGCAGAAUUGUUUUGGAAGGUGUAUUGAAAUUGCAUUUGAAGAACUGUGGAAAACCAAGUGAAAGUUGUGUAUGUCAACAAUUGAUAGCUGACAAUUUGAAGGAUGAAGAAACACCUCAAAAAUUGAAGAGAUGGUAUCAAUUAAUAAAGAGCAUUAUAUCUGAUGCUCUGGACAGGUAUCCAAAAUGUCCAAGAUUGCAUUUGUUGAAUUCUUACAUACAUCAUGAGAAAUUGAAGAAUAAAUUCAAAGCCUUAUUUGAAUUGAUGAUCACUGAAGAAAAUAAACCAAAUCUACAAGAAGAAUUUAGCAUUUAUAGAUAUAAGAAUCUGAUUGAAGAGGAAAUGAUCGAGAAUGAUAUGAGGACAUCUGAAAACAAAGGAGUCGACGUCAACAUCAUCGUAGUAUUCUAAAACAAGUUUGUCAAUUUCCUCAGCAGUAUAGAAAAAAGUGUUACUUUGCAUAUGGAAUUUUGGAGAGAACUCUUAGAAGAAAACCCAGAUAUUUAGAAAUUGUAAUCUCUUGGAUCUAAAAUUACAAACACAGUUGAAUCCACUAGUGAUUUCUACAAAAAACUGCAGGAGAUGAAUCAGAACCAUAUCAAAUGUCUGCAAGUAUACGGCAACUUUUUGAAAGAUAUCGUUAAUGAUGAUGUGGAGGGAUAAAGAAUCUUAGAAAAGGCUGAAUAUAUACAAAAGAGCACUGCUGUCAACAAAUUGGGAUUAGACUAAGAAAGAUAGAAGUAUGGUGAAAAUGCCAAUACUUGUAUCAUCACUUGUUCAGGCAAUUAUAAUAAUAUAGGUGUGGUUACCAAUGUCAACAAUGAAAUCACUAGAAUCCUAGGGUUCUCUAAGUCAGACAUAAUUGGAUAGAAUGUAAAUAGAAUCAUGCCAAAAGUAUAUGCAGAUCAACAUGAUCAAUUCAUGAAGAACUAUUUAGAAACCAGUGAUUCCAAAGUGAUUGGAUAGGAAAGAAUAUUGCUAGCUUAGAAUAAGAACAAUUAUUUGGUGCCAUGCACACUAAUGAUUAAGGUUUUGCCUAAUUUGGAUGAAGGAAUCUAGAUAGUGGGAUUCUUGAAAGACAUCGAACCUGGAAGUUCAUAUUUGAGAAGUGAAUAAGAAAUUGAUUAAGAAUGGCAUUUCAUUAUCAUCAAUGUUAAUAGUCAAGCCAUCUUGGGAAUUACUCAAUCCUGUUAUACAAAAUAUGGUAUUCCAGCCUCUUUGGUCUAUGGUAAUUCAACAAAUACCAAUGAAUUUACUAUUGAUGCCAUUGCUCCAGAAUUAGUGGAUAUUAAAAACUAGGAUGAUCUCAAAUCUCAAGGUUUGGUUACUACUAUUGAUACUUCUUAACUCCAAUAAAACUUCCUGUUGGGACGAGGUGAAAGUGACGAUGAAAUGUCAUUGGAAGAGGAAGAAAAUAUAUAUGAACCUCCAUAAUAAGUUUCAUAAAUGCAGUCUAAGAUUGGAGAUUCCAAUUUAGGUUAGAUGCUCAAUUAGAAUCAUCAAUAUAAAGAAACUGCUGUUGAUUUAUCAUAACAAGUCUAGAAUUCAAAAAUAGAGGAGGCCAAGAGUAAGAAGUUGUAAAAGUAGUAAAGAUACAAAAAAUAUAAGAUCAAGGCUUUUGUUUAAGAUGAGACAGAGUUUGGCGAUUAAAAAAUAUAAAUUAUCAGAUUCUAUGAGGUUGAUGAGAAUGAGGAAGUUAAACAAUAGAGAUCGAUGGAACCAGCUGCUGAGGAAUUACAGUAGAAUUAAAUGAAAACUGUUAUGAAAGAUGAAUAGUAAGUCUAAGAAGAUGUAAAUGCAUCUGAGGGGGAAUCCAAUUUAUCUGGUGGAUCAGUAAAUGAUGAUAUGAGAUAAUUGAAAGAUUUCAAAGCUUUGAUUUCUGAAAAAACAGAACCAAAAUAUAUCCGUAUUCUGAAACGAACUGUAUGGUUUAUUAUGCUCAUACUGAUUGUUUUGAGUGCAUUGAUAUUGGGAUAUAGGAUGACUCAAAGUUCAGAUGUUUAGGAAGGUGCAGAUGCCAUCUAUUUGUCAUACCUGAGACACAAUAUAAUGGCAGAUGUCAAUUUCUACACUAGAUUGCUGUAAAUGUUAGGAAACAGCACUUACCUGGCUGAUAAACAUGGAUACACUACAGCAACUGCAGACACGUAUAUAAAGGCCAAUGUAAUUUUAAGUUAUUAUUGAUUAGCUAUCCUAUCUGGUAGAUACUUUAAAGGUAGUUUAAUUUGAUGUCAUAAAGGCUAGAAUCAAAAUGGAAGCAAGGAUGACUGGAUCAACUAAUUUAGAAACAUAUUAAGUUUCGUUUUUGUUGACAUCUGGGGAAACCAAAAUGUAUUUAAUUUAAUUAUUAUUAUUCUAGUUACGACAAUAUAUUCAAUGACGCAUUAUUCUAAAUCAUUACAUCAGCUUCUUCACUCAGGAACUCUUCGGCAGCUUCAUUUAACGGUUCUGUCACCACAGUAGACAAUACUUAAAAGAAUUUUUAUUACGUGAUGACAAAUGGACUAUUCGUAUUGAGAAAUGGGUCAGAGAAUAUUGCCCAAAGAUUCUUCGACUUUUACUCAGAUGAAAUCAAGAAUUAUUAAGUCACCUUCUUUGUUAUUAUGGGUGUUGGUAUAUUCUGUUUAGUGGUAUCUGCUAUGAUCCUCAUUCCUAUUGUGUUUUAAGUGCAUAAAACAAAUAACAUGGUUAUGUCACUGUUUGGUAUCAUUCCAAUCUAAGAAAUAAAGGAAUUAGCUGCUAAAUGUGAAAAUUAUAUGUCUGAAUUCUUGGAGGAUAAAAAUGAAAAGAAAGAAAUAAUUGAUAAAGAGGAUAAACCACCUUAGCCCAAUGUCCAACCUCCUGAGGUAGAGAAAACACAGAACAAGGAGGUUUUUGAAAUGAAUAAUGAAGAAGAAGACAGGAGUGAUAAAAAGAAAACCUAAUAAUAAAAUGGAUCAAAUGGCAGUGGAUAAAAUGUAUUGCAGACUGGCCAACCUAAUUCUAAUGCUAUACAUACAUCCAUCACAGCUAAACCUUCUGAAAACAAAGCUACACCGUCUGCUUUUACUUAAGGUGCCACCAAGAAUGACUAAAAAUAGCAAUAGCAAUAAGAACAAGACAAAAAGGAAAAUGAAGAAGAAAUUGAGAAUCUUCGUUCAUAAAAAUUGUUAAAUUCAAAGGAUAAUAAUAAAUCAGUAGUCAUAGUUCAAUUUCUGAUCUUUGCUCUAAUCUUUAUUUCUUACUUUAUUUUGGAUAUUAAUUUAGAACUGAUCUUUUUGGAUAAUGUGUAAAAGGUCUAUGAUCAUCUUUAAUAUUCAUCCAAAAGACCAAUUUCCAUUAAAUACAACGUUUACUUCACAUUCGAAGAGGUUGUGACCAAUAAGACAUAAUUGGAAGAUUCGGUUGAUAUGAGAACAGAAUUCCAAAGCAGGUUGUAUGAUAAUGAAAGGAAUUUGUUCUAAUCUUUGACUUAGUCAUUCCCUUCCUAAUUUGAUACAUACUUGUCGAAGUUCUAGGCUUUUACUUACAAUAAUUUAUGUGUCAACGAUUUCACCAUAAGUAAAUAUGUAACCGUAACUCUUAGACAACUUUGUUACUGAUUAAUCAGGAUGUGCAGCGGUAGAUUCAGGUUUACUUACAAGUGGAUUGAAGACUGCCUUUGUUUCAGUGGCCUUGAGCACAAAUGAUAUGAUCAGUUUUUGGAAGAACACUGAAAGAACUAGAGCAGGUAUAGAUAUAUCUAUCAUAACAAUUAGACCUAAUUUCAACCAUCAACAAUUAGACUUAUCACGACAAAUUGCAUAGGCUUUUGUAUUAUAUUUCGCCUGCAUGUGAUUACUUAACUGAUCGGUUCAUGUCAGGCAUUGCAGACUUCUUAUCUUACAGUGAUUCUAUAGAACAAAUGAAAUUUAGUGUGUACUUGGUGGUGAUGUUUGCGGCAUUUAUCUUUUGUUGGACUCCCUACUUGAAUAAUCUAUCGAAGCAGAUUUGGAGAACUAAAGGUAUGUUGAAUAUGAUACCUAUGGAUAUCAUAUAAAAAUACCCUAACUUGAAAUAAUAAUUUAUUGGAGGAGAAAUUUUAUAAGCAGUGAAAUGAAUAUUAUUAUUUGAAUUAUUAUUA